AUGUCUUUCUACAAUCUUGUGUACAACCAGGAUCCCCCCGAAAGGAGAGAUGGUUAUUUUAGACAGGCUUUGAUCGUAUGUCCUGAUCGAGCAACCUCCGACCUCUUCUUUCGGUAUAUUCAAGACCAGCUGGAGUUAUCCGAAAAGGCACAUUUCAAAGAACUCAGGCGCUUGUCUCCGCAAAUUUGGACAUGGGCUGGCAAAAACAACACUUACGAAAUUGAAUAUGCUUGCGAAGCAGUCAAUCUCGGAUACGCAAAGGGGAGGAGGCAACAUUUGGAAAAAUUGCAGGGAAGAGUUUUCAUGCGUUCCCUGGCCAAUGCCAAUACGCUUACUAUAGGGCCUGCGAUACUCCCCAGAUUGGAGGAUCUGGCAGAUCAUAUUUCGGGGAACGUCUUCUGUAUUCGGAAUCAGCGCGUGCCGGAUCGAUACUGGCUCAAGCCUGAUGUUACUAACAACAACCCGGGUAAGAAACCCGUACAACCUUCCAACGACCAACGAUCACGGUUUAAGAUCGAGGUUUCAAAGCAACACCAGCCUGGAACGCUGAUGGUAGAGGACGACGAUGUUAGGAUGUUUCUAGUGCACGACAAUGUCGAUUACCUCAUCAAAAAAGCUAAGGACGGCCGGUUAACUACCAACGAAGGGGACGAACCGUUCGUCUUCCGUUUCGGUCGACUUCUUAACGGUGGAUUUUUAUCAGAAUACGCCUCUGAUAAACAGAAGUAUAUCUGGUACACCCCCGGUGAUGAGAAAUCCUCACUUUCCGGAGAGAUAUGGGAGUUAUGUUGA